AUGAGGCCGCAUUCAUUAUGGUCUGGAUUAAAAGUGUGGAAUCCUGGUAAAAGCACGUGGUUGAAUCGAGCUACAAAUGCAGGUGUGCAGAGGCAGGCUGGAGUUCACCUGUCCUCCCCCUCACCUGGGCCCCAGGUUUGCAUCGUGGGGAGUGGUCCAGCGGGUUUCUACACAGCACAACAUCUCAUCAAGGCACGCCCAGAUGUCCAGGUGGAUAUUUACGAGCGGCUGCCUGUUCCCUUUGGCCUGGUCCGGUUUGGAGUGGCCCCAGAUCAUCCCGAAGUCAAGAACGUCAUCAACACGUUCACGCAGACCGCCAGUCAGUCUCGCUGUGGUUUCUACGGCAACGUGAACGUGGGAAAAGACGUCUCUAUGGAUGAGCUGCAGCAGGCCUACCACGCCGUUGUACUGAGCUAUGGAGCAGAGGGCAACAGGACUAUGGGAAUACCCGGCGAGCACCUGGACGGAGUGUACUCGGCCAAGGACUUUGUCGGCUGGUACAACGGUUUACCGAGCUGUCGACAGCUGAACCCGGACCUGAGCUGUGACACCGCUGUCAUUCUGGGACAAGGGAACGUUGCUCUGGACGUCGCCCGCAUUCUGCUGGCUCCUGUUCCACUAUUAAAGAAAACCGACAUCACUGCCCCAGCUCUGGAGGCUCUGGCCAAGAGCCAAGUGAGGCGGGUGCUGAUCGUGGGCAGGAGAGGCCCCCUGCAGGUGGCGUGUACCAUAAAGGAAAUAAGGGAAAUGGUGAACCUUCCCGGGACCAAACCUGAAAUGGUGGCAGCGGAUUUUGAGGGCAUCGCUGACGCACUCACAGCCGUGGCCCGACCGAGGAAGCGUCUGACGGAGCUGAUCCUAAAGACGGCCCUGGAGGCUCCCGGGGAGAAGGAGCAGGAGAGGAGGAGGGCGGCCCUCAGGAGCUGGGGCUUCAGGUUCUACAGGAGCCCUCUGGAGGUGACCGCAGACCCCAGUGGAACCAGGGUGGGUGCCCUCACACUGGCCGUCAACAGACUGGAGGGCUCUGCGGAGGCGGCCCGGGCCGUGCUGACCGGGGAGCAGGAGGUGGUGCCCUGUGGACUGGUCAUUAGCAGCAUCGGCUACAAGAGUCUGCCCAUGGAUCCCAAGCUGCCCUUUGACCCCAGCAGAGCGGUGGUCCCCAACAGUAUGGGCCGGGUCACAGAGGCACCAGGCCUGUACGUGAGCGGCUGGCUGAAGACGGGUCCCACUGGGGUCAUCGCCACCACCAUGAACAGCAGCUUCGACACGGCUCGCUCUCUGCUGGAGGACAUGGGCUCCGGGGCCCUGGACCUCUCUGCUCACAAGGCUGGCUCCCACAGCAUCACAUCCCUGCUGGAGAACAGAGGGAUCAAAGCGGUGACGUUCAGUGAUUGGGAGAAGAUCGACCUGCAGGAGAUCAGCAGAGGAGCAGCUGUGGGGAAGCCCAGGGAGAAGGUGCUGAGGGUGGAAGAGAUGCUGGAGCUGGCACAUACAUGA